UCUAUUGCCUUUGUCGGUGACUCGGUGAGUGAUUGGUGAGUGAUUGGUGACGUGUUCCAUCUGAUCUUGGCUUGACUGCACCAUAACUCUAUCCAACGCACGCAUAUAUCGCAUAGAUGCACCGUACUUGUUAAAGGUAGAAUACCACAGGUGCUUCAUAGCUCUCACUUGUAAGGCUGCCGAUGGUGCAUGACCCAAACCAGCUCUUGAGCCUCUUAAGCCUGUGUGCAGCAGCAGCUGCUCUAUCACUCUUCGUCCUGGCGCCAUACUUGUCAGCCAUUGGCUCACUCCCAAAAGGCCCAACGAUCCCUGGUCUGCGGAACUGGGGGAAUUGGUGCUUUUGUAAUUCUGUGCUUCAGAGUCUAUCGUCUUUGCCGACACUCAAGGUCUGGCUGAAUGAGCAUGUGGAUGAACAAGCUUCUGCUGAAGAGCAGAUUGAAGAGGAGAAGGCGGAGUCGCCCAUGUCACUGACACAAACCCUGCUUGGACUCCUGCGGUUAUUGAGUAUCGAGGGCUCUCCCAAGACGCUCUCCUCCUCACCCCUCGUGUCAGCACUCGAACGCGUUCAACGUGUUUGCAUCUCUCGCGAUCAACAAGAUGCACAGGAAUUCCUUCACCUCGUCCUUGAAUCGCUCGCUGCUGAACAAAAUAGACUCUCCCAUCAGGUCUCCAUCUUACAAAUGGCACACGCUGCAAAAGAGGCAGGCAGGGCAUAUAUUGCGUUGCCAUUUGAAGGGAUCUUGGAAACGACGAGUACCUGUACGCAAUGUGGUUUUAAUCCGAGUAAGCAACAGACGCCCUUCUUGGAAUGGACAGUCUUGCCCAAACAACAGCGACUGAUGACACUCGAGAGUUGUUUGGCGGAGAUGCUACAGACUGAGCGGAUUGACGAGUACAGCUGUGCUUGGUGUGCCGUUGCGCAACUUGCACGACAAGCGCAAACGCCUGCUCAAGAGGCACAUGCAAACGCACUCAAGCAACAAUUAGAAAAGGAUCCGAGUUGUGAUUUACCCGGACCCCUGCCACGAGUGUGUCGAGUAUUGCAUCGUUCAAGCUCCAUUGUGUCACUUCCACAGAUCCUCGCGAUUCACAUCAAUCGUUCCAUCUUCGAUGCCUACGCCACCCGCAAUGCUGUUGCGAUUGAGUUUCCUGAAAAGUUGGAUCCAGCCGCCGUUGCAGGGCAUGAUUUCAAGAGCAAAGAUCAAGUCUAUCAAUUACGCAGUUUUGUGACGCACAAAGGGUCGCAUAAUCGAGGCCAUUACAUUGCCUUUCGCAAACGUGGGAGUCAGUGGUAUAUGAUUUCUGAUGAGACGAUUCGCAUUGUUGCCACAGAGCAAGCAUUGGCUGGGUUCAGGGAGAGCGUCUUUCUCCUCUUUUAUGAAAAGGUAGACUUGGCAACGCAAGCAGCGAGGAAGAAGAAAAAGCGGAAGCAAAAGAAGGGAGGUGACAAGGGCGAGGAGAGUCAGACAGUGGUAUCAAGCGAAGAAAUGGAUGCUGUAUCCAAAAUAUAAGCAGAAAUGGUCAAUUCACUAGCAAUGAUAUUUGAAAGCUUCAGUAGCCGAGAGUCCUGUAGGUCGAAGUAAUGGCCAAUCCAAGGAGACUGAGCAAGCCGAUGUACUGAGCAGAACCUUGCAUACGCUUGGCAGGGUCA